AUGACUAACCAUCAAGACAACCAAAACCAUAGCCAAAAUGGUCUCAGGGUGAAUCGACAAGAAGAAGAAGUGGUUGUUGUGAUGGUGCCAUUUCCAGCUCAAGGCCAUCUCAAUCAACUCCUCCAACUUUCCCGCCUCAUUCUCUCCUAUAAUAUUCCCUUUCAUUACGUUGGCGCCGCCUCCCACAACCACCAGGCCAAGCUUCGGGUCCACGGCUGGAACCCUCGCAUCUCUUUCAACAUCCAUUUUCAUGACUUUGAAAUUCCUCCAAUAUUGUCUCCUCUUCUUGACCCCAACGAAGAAUGCAAAUUUCCAUCUCAUCUACAACCAUGUUUCGAUGUCUUAAAGCGGCUUCGGGCUCCUCUGGCUCAACUUUUACGUGCGCUUUCUUCACAGGCGAGAAGACUGAUUGUCAUUCAUGACUCCAUGAUGGGCUCUGCGAUUCAAGAAGUUCGUUUAAUCCCCAGUGUAGAGUCUUAUUGUUUCCAUAGCGUGUCAGCUUUUGCUGUUUACUUGUACAUAUGGGAAACAAUGGGCAACUCCGUAGAGGCCAAUGAUGUAAUCCCAAAAGACAUCCCAUCCCUAGAAGGUUGCUUCACCAAUGAGUUCUUGGAUUCCAUUGCUUUUGAAUACGACUACCGGAAGUUCAAUUCUGGAUUUAUUUACAACACAUGCAGACUGAUAGAAGGUGCUUCCAUGGAUUUGCUUGAGAGAGUAACAGUGGCCGAAAACAUUAAGAAUUGGGCUUUAGGGCCAUUCAACCCAGUGAUAAUACCUCAGAAUAAUAGCUCGAAUAGCAGGAAUUUUUGCUUGGAAUGGCUAGAUAAACAAGCAUCAGACUCAGUGAUAUAUGUGUCUUUUGGGACAACAAGUACCAUGAACAAUGAGCAGAUCAAAGAGAUUGCCUUUGGCUUGAAGCAAAGCAAUCAAAAGUUCAUUUGGGCACUGAGAGAUGCGGACAAAGGAGAUGUUUUCAACGGAGAAGAGAGAAGAGCUGAGCUCCCAAUAGGGUAUGAAGAUUCUGUAAAGGAUAUGGGAUUUAUAGUGAGAGAGUGGGCACCUCAACUGGAAAUUUUAGCUCAUCCUGCAACAGGCGGAUUCAUGAGUCACUGUGGCUGGAAUUCUUGCAUGGAGAGUAUAAGCAUGGGAGUUCCAAUAGGGGCAUGGCCAAUGCACUCUGAUCAGCCCAGAAACACAGUGCUUAUAACACAAGUGCUAAAAGUUGGCAUUGUUGUUAGGCACUGGGCUCACAGACAAGAGAUAGUGACAUCAAAUAUGGUCGAAACAGCUGUGAAAAGAUUAAUGGGAUGUAAGGAGGGAGAUGAGAUGCGGAAGAAAGCUGCAGAAUAUGGUAGCAAAGUGCGACAAUCAAUGGGUGAAGGUGGAGUUUCUCGCUUGGAGUUUGAUUCCUUCAUUGCUCAUAUCACUAGAUAA